AUGUGUUGGUUGACGGCCUUCCUGGAUAAUAUUCAAGUUGGGCUAUGUUUGUCUCUCAGAUUGAUUGGUCAAGCAUGGUCAGAUGGGCAUAACUGUCAGGUCUGGCAAAGGGGAGGAGAGGGCUGUGGUGUAGGGAGUGUGCAGGAAGGCCUUAAACAGGAAAGUGAAGAGACACCAACCAGCACGACGAGGAGAGACCUCUCUUGUCGACAACCUUGGAUAUCCCUGGCUUCACACAUGAUUCCCUGGUGGAGGGCCACACGACUGGUGGCGCAGGGACGAAAUCUUGCCACAGCAGCUGCUAGUGGGCACCAUGGUGAUGGGUCAGGUGUGCGAACAUGGAAAAUCUUGUCCUUUGUGGUGGCACUUCCUGGAGUGGGUGUCUGCAUGUUGAAUGUCUACCUGCAACAAGCAAAUCACCCGCAUGAACCACCUGAGUUCAUUCCAUAUCAACACCUGCGCCUCCGAACAAAGCCUUUCCCCUGGGGUGAUGGAAAUCACAGCUUCUUUCAUAACCCUCACACCAACCCACUGCCAACAGGUUAUGAAGGAGGCAGCCACCACUGAACCACUGCCAUUCUCUCUUACGGGGGACAGGGAGGCAUAUACCCCUGUAUAACUUUAUUACUGCUUUGAGACAGGCUUCCAGGGAUAAUAAAAUCACAUUUUGAUGGAUGAA